AACUUUAUCGAUCAGUCGUCAGAAAACACCGUUGUGGAACAUUCCGGAAUGUGACGUUUGAAUGUAGCUCUUCCGCUGAGGUCCACGUGAAACACUUCAGAUUUCUCAACAUUUCGGCAUCUUUACAUUUAAGUGUAAGAGAAGAUGGUUUGAGUAGGCAAACAAUGAGCAUGUUUUCUGCCUGUGGCAAGAUGUGCCUGCGAUGCAGAGGUCUUCUUUCGCUGAAGAACAGCACUCAUCUGCACUAUGUUCACGUUCAACAGAGUACGACUGUGGGCAAAUCAACCAGAAUCAGUAACGAUAUUUUAUCCAGAAGAAAUCACAUAGCAGCUCAGUCAAGACUGAAUUGGAAACAGCAAACAUCCUGCUAUUAUGAUUAUACAGCAAAAUAUCUGACAACUGAGGCGAAGGAAAGCAAGCACACAGAAGACGUGCCCAGAACAGACGUCCCUGAAUACAAGCCUGCUCUGGUGCCAACAGUAGACGCUUUACCACUCCCCCAAAAUCAGAUUUCUGUUGAAGACUUGGAUGCUGAUGACAAACUUUCAGCGUUGGAGGAAAUCAGUGACGAGGAAGCUGUUGGCAUUUCUAUUCCUUCUUUUAUUCCUCCAGCCUCUGUCUCUCUUCAAGACUAUGUUGACAAGUCGGAGACACUUACAAAGCUGGUGCAGCUGGGGGUCAGCUUGUGGAAGCUGGAGCAAAGGCCCAACGUUGGCUCCAUGUUGCUUAGACUUGACUUCAACAGAGAUGUAGCACCUUGCCUAUUGUUUCUGAAAGAGAUUGGAGUGGAGGACUCACGAUUGGGCUACAUCAUCUCGCACAACCCAUUCAUCCUCUCCGAGAACUUGGAAAACUUGCAGGCCAGAGUGAACUAUCUGAAGUCGAGGAAGUUCAAUUCAGAAACGGUUGCAUCUAUGGUCUCCAGAGCACCAUAUCUUCUUAACUUCAGCGUGAAGAGGCUGGACAACAGGCUGGGUUUUUUUCAGCAGCAGCUCAAACUCGGUGCUUCCAACACGCGGAGUGUUGUUGCUCGUCUCCCCAGAUUACUGUGUGGCAGCUUGGAGCCUGUUAAAGAAAACUUAAAGGUGUGCGAAAUAGAGUUUGGCUUUAAGCAAAAUGAGAUCCAGCACAUUGUUAUUGCCGUCCCAAAGGUUUUGACAGCCAAUAAAAGGAAGCUGACCCAGAUAUUUGACUUUGUCCACAACACCAUGAAAGUUCCCCAUCACCUGAUCACAAAGUUUCCACAGGUUCUCAACUCAAAGUUCUUGCGUCUCAGAGAGCGCCACUUGUUUCUCGAGUAUCUUGGGAAAGCUCAGUAUGACCCAGAUCUGCCCAGCUACAUCUCACUGGACCGCUUGGCGUCCCUGCCAGAUGAGAACUUUUGCACAGAUCUUGCAAUGGCCGCAUUGGAAGAUUUUUAUUUGUUUCAAAAGACUCUUUGAUUCUUCAUGAUGCAAAGUUAAAAGUGAUACAAAAACCACACUGGAUACAUGCAGUGGAUUCACAUCCAUAAGAUGUUUUUAAACAUGUUACCAAAAAUUAUCCAAUGCAACUUGUGUGUGAAAACUAUUCUUUGCAAAGAAUAUAAGUGAUAUAUGUUCAGUUUAAUUUACGUUUUUUUCCUGUGGUGUAAAUGUAUACAUUUAUGUACAUAAAACAGGAUUUGUUCUAAAAUAUUAAAAUUUAACAUUGAUAUAGUUGGAACUAGUUCUGUUUCUUUCUUGUUUAAUUCAAUUUUAUGCAUCAUGUUACUGCAUAUUUCAACUGUAAAACUUGAAAUUUCUCUAACACAGUAAAAGUAAACUAUAUAAACGCUG